GGUUCACACAUUUUGCCGCUUCUGGGACCGUGAGCGUUUACGAAAGGAAAGGCCCGCUAGCAUGGUUACAACUUAGGUAGGUCAGGGUGCUCAAAAGUACAUAACGGGCGUAGCUCCUGGGUAAGCUUAGUUGCCGUUGGUGAGAGCUGGGUAAAACUGUCUUGUCUCACUUAAGGAGUCUUUUUAAAUCUACGACGCGUGGACGUGAAACCCGAUAAACUCUUUCUUCUUGACAUUCAUUCGAUUUCAAUUAUCUAUACAAUAUCUUUACUGUCGAGUAUUCAUUAUGAAGCUGUCUGUAUUCACAUCAGUCCUCCUGGCAGGCCUUGUUGCCGCUCAGCAAGAGAAGCUCCCUAAAUGCGCUCAACCCUGCGUUGACCAGUACACCACCGGUGGCGGCGUCGCUGGAUGCGGCCAGCUCGACGUCAAGUGCAUCUGCAGCAACAAGGACUUCCUCUCUGGCAUCGCAUGCUGUCUCGAGGACAAGUGCGAUGCCGCCGGUAGGGACACUGCCGUCAAGUACGCUAAGCAGAUCUGCUCGACCGCCGGAGUUACCGACCUUCCCGACCAGGUUACAUGCGACAAGAACGCCGCCUCGGGCAGCGCAACUGGUGCUACCACUCCCACUUCCAGCGCUGGAAGUAGCCAGACCUCGCCGGCGACUGGCAGUGCUGGUGGCGAUAGCGGCAAUGCUGCUGCGCGUGAGGGCGCCGCUGGUGUCCUGGGUGUUGUCAUGGCUAUGCUCUUUGCCCUGUAAGGGACAAUAGUUAUAUUUCGUUUCAAGUUGUUUCAUCGUCAAGAGGAGGGAUAUAAUUGGGAAUAAGCAAAGAAAUUGGGAUUUUCUGUUCUAUGCAUGCAAAUUUAUGGAGUUUGAAGCCAUAUACUACGAUGUGGUUGCCACACGGCCGCUCUUGUUGGCGAUGAUUUAUAAAUUUAUAUCAAUCAAAACUCGUUCUUAGACAC